CACCCCUCUACCCAAAACCCACCACCCCCUUUUUGCUCUAUAUCAAGAAUAUCACCAUUUUAACAGGCAACCAUAAAAAUACAAUCUUUAAGGUUUCAUAUACCUUUAGAUCUACGUUACUAUCACAUAACCCCAUAAUUCAUAAACCCCAAGAUUAUUUCUUUUUUCAUUUUUCCCAAAUCUCGAGCAUGCGAGUGUUGAGGGAGCAGAGAAGUGAAGUAUGCAACAGAAUAUGAAGAAAAGUUCAAAUAGUGGUGAAGCUGCUAAACCUAAAGAAAGACAUAUUGUUUCUUGGUCUCAAGAGGAGGAUGAUAUACUAAGAGAGCAAAUUCGAAUCCAUGGAACUGACAAUUGGACGAUCAUAGCAUCGAAGUUCAAGGAUAAAACAACAAGGCAAUGCAGAAGAAGAUGGUUCACUUAUUUGAACUCUGAUUUCAAGAAAGGGGGAUGGUCACCUGAAGAAGAUAUGCUUUUAUGUGAGGCUCAAAAGAUUUUUGGUAACAGAUGGACAGAAAUUGCCAAGGUGGUUUCAGGCAGAACGGAUAAUGCUGUGAAGAAUCGAUUCACUACACUGUGCAAAAAGAGAGCUAAACAUGAAGCUUUGGCUAAAGAAAACAGCAAUUCAUUCGUUAACCUAAAUAACAAGAGGGUUAUAUUUCCAGAUGGUCUCAAUAUUGACAGAAUAACAGAAGCUGCUGCUCCUUUUAAAAAGCUGAGGACGAGCCACAUCUCAGAUGUCCGUCAAAAUUGUGACAGCGGAGAAAAAUCUUUUGGUGAUUGUGGAACUACACAUCCACUACUAAGACAUCCAUUUGCAGUACUAGCUCAAAACUUUCGUAACGCUGGGAAAAACUUGACAUCUCAUCAGCAGACAACUGAAAAUGACAACAAAACUCAAGGAACAUUCCUUAAGAAAGAUGAUCCAAAGGUACAAGCUUUGAUGCAACAAGCGGAGCUGCUAAGCUCACUGGCUAUGAAAGUUAAUACAGAGAAUACAGAUCAAAGCCUUGAAAAUGCUUGGAAGAUACUCCAAGAUUUUCUUCAUCAAACAAAGGAAGGUGAUAUGCUCAAGUUCCAGAUCCCUGAGAUGAAUCUUGGACCUAAUGAUUAUAAGGACCUGAUAGCAGAUUCGAAGAGCAGUAAUGAAGGCAGUCGACCAUCUUGGAGGCAACCUGCUUUAUCUGAAGAUUCUGCUGGCAGCUCUGAGUAUAGUACUGGAUCAACUCUGCUCUCCCAUGCGUUGGCCGAUAAAACAGAAGAAAGCCAAGCCGAAGUGUGUGCGCACCAUCAGGAUAUUGAAUCUGAACUACGAACUUCUCAGUUGAGUGAUCAAGAUACUUUGCCAGUUCGUGGUGAAGAAAAAGUGAAUGAUGGACCAGCUACAGCUGAAUGUGAAUUUCUGGAUACAGAUUUCACUUCUCCUCUUCAAGUAACUCCACUGUUCAGAUCUUUAGCUGCAGAAAUUCCCACCCCAAAGUUUUCGGAAAGUGAGAGGCAAUUCCUAUUGAAAACACUUGGAGUGGAGUCCACAUCCCCGUAUCCAGGCACAAAUCUUACACAACCUCCAUCGUGCAAAAGAGCCCUCCUCCACAGUCUAUAACCAACUUUACUGAUCAAACCUUACACAGAUUCUGCGGCGGGCAGAAUCACCAUAACUUUGAUCAACAGUUUUUAUUAUAUGUAGUCUACUCAAUUUUUUGGAGUUAUUUUUGUUUGGAUUGCAGUCACUACGACCUGAGUUUUUUUCAAGAGGCCUUGGAAGAUCUGGUCUGCACCCUAGAAUGCAAUGGAGGCAUUCUAGCUUUUUCUCUGGAGAUCUGACAGAUGAUCUGCAUCCUUUUCGGAGUUUCCGACCUAAUACUCACAGUAUCUAGUGUGUGUUUUUUAAUUGUUUCAUAUUCUUUUGUGUGUUGUUAUGGAACCCGAAUGGGGGUAUUCGAUGUUCCAUAAGUUUUCGGCUAUUGAUUAGCCAGUUGUACAGAACAAACAUUGUACUUACAGAUUGGCACCUCGCCAAGGUUUAUAGAGAAUAUUGAUAAGAGAAAAAAAAGAAGGAAGAAAACAUAGAGAGAGCUAGGAGGAUCAAUAAGUUGAAUUGGCCUUCUAUAUCAGUUUCUUUUCAUUUUUUGUGUGUAGAUGUUAUAUAAUAAGCUUCUAGGCUGUUCAGAGCUUUUUGUUUCUUUGCCUGAUCUACAUGUAAUGUAAAACAUACUUUAUUUGAUUGGAGAAUGCAAUAUGGUUCCAGUGUGCA